CACCAAAAAAGAGAAAAGCUCGAUCGCAGUCAAAAACAAUGAGAGCGCACGACGCGCGUUUGCUCCAAGCUUGUCCAACAGCAGUGGAGUUUUUCCUCCCGGAGGAUUCAUAGCAUGCGUCUGCGCGCCAAACUGCGGGAGAAGGACCACAGGAAUAUAACUUGACUAUCUGCGGAGUUUGUUAUUCUUUGCAGGGAGAGAGAAACCAUGCCUUUUUGCAAACGGACGAUACUUCCAAAGGAUGUGUGCAAGCCCGACGGCAGGAAGGUGCUGGAGGCGCGUCCGCAGCAGCAGGCGGAGAUUUUCGGUGACUUGGUGGACGUGUGCGGCUUCACCCUGUGUUCGGUGCUGCGACAGCUCUCGGAUCUGUCCCAACACUCGGUGAGCAUCCUGGAGGAGCUGGAGGAAGAGCUGGUGUCCAUCUGCCACCGGUCCGGCGCGCUGGAGAGCAGAGUGGUCCGGCUGCAAAGGCACGUCGCAGUGUUGCUCAGCAAGCCUCCGCCGAGAACCACCAGCGGUCUAGAAGCAGAGAGCGGAAGGCGCGGUGGCAGCAGCAGCAAUAGCAGCCACGGCGAUGGCAACCACAGCAGCAGCGGCGGCGCGGCCCACUUCAGGUCUCCAUGGCAACAGAGCGUGAACGUGUUCGGCUCAUGGAGCAGGCCGGACUGUGUUGAAGAGCUGCACCAGCAGGCACAGCUCAACCUCCAGAGCCUGCUGCAAGAUUUUGAGGAGCAGCUGUACGACACCAAGCUGACUGGUCAGACUUUCCGGCACCCGUCCUCGCAGACCUCUGACGACACAUCCACCUCGCUCAGCCGAUCGCCCGUCUCCGUCAACAGCAGGAGACCUGACUUCAUCUUCCUGCCAGCCUCCAGGCAGCUCUACGAGGAUGAAACCACCUCCUCAGUGUUUGGACUGAGGUCAGUGACUGACCCGUCUCCCUCCCCGUCCCCGUCCCCCUGCAGCUCAGAUCGCCCCCUGCUGGCCUGGAGUAGUAACAACAGCAGCAGUAGCACUGCCACCUCUGCUACCACCGGACCGCCUGUUGCAGAAAAACCCCGUUGGCAUCUGGGGAGACGUACACCGGCUCACUUCUUACCACUCGAUAUUACAGGUGACGGAGGGGGAGGUAAAUUCCACGGUGUCGACCUCCUCCAGCACUCCCCGUCCCCAUCCCCCUCUCCAGGGGACCCCUUCCCCCACCAGCCACACUCCCUGGAGCCGGUCAGUGACACUCCCCACCAGAACCUCCCCCUGAGAAAGACACACUCUGAUCUCGACACAACUUUACCUGCAGGUAGCACAUCGGAGCAGCGUGCCUCAGAUCAACUUCACCCAGGCGCUAUGGACCACUCUGGGCUGCUGUGCUCAAACACACCCUCUGCUUCUUGGAAUGGACCUAAAGGAUCCACCUUUUCUCCUGGAGCAUGGAAUGAGUCUUACAAUUAUAACAUGAACAAAGGUCCAGCAGUUCCACCCAAACAGCACAGCAUCAUUGGUAAUACAGGAGGAGUGACACAGGAUGGGGUGAUGCUGGUGAGCUCCGGACACUCGAUGAGCUCACAUUCCAGUUCGUUCAUGUCUGUGACAGACUCUUCAGGGAGAGUAGGAAGUAAUAUGCCAGCGAUUCCACCAGCAGUGGCAAUGAUGGGGAAGUGGAGCGAGACAGAAGGGGCUGCAGCAGAUGGAGGGAGAGGAGGAGGAGGAGGGGGGAGAGUUGGUGAGCCAGGGAGAGGGAGGGAGCGGUCGGCACGUUCCAUAGCAGCACAGAACGCCUUCAAGUUCCGAGAGCGUUCCCUUUCUACACCCACAGAUUCUGGUUCCUUCUGCUUCACAGAAGGUAUUAUAGGCCAGCCAGAUGGAAAGAUGUCUACAGGGAAUGGGAACGCUAUGUCAGUAAGAGACCACCUACAGCAGCCUCACAACUUCCUUGGUUUGGGUGAGAACUAUGCCCUCCUCUACCCCAGAGGGAGCUCUGAAGACAGCACCAGUACUACAGAUACAAUCUCUGUGACAGCUUCGGACUACAGCGCUGAGAGUCGCUUACGUCUACGAUCCCGCUCCAUCUCACUUAAGAAAUCUAAGCACAAGCCACCACCUCCUGUGAGGAGCGUCUCUCUUAUGAAGAAUCUCGGAGAAGCCAAGGGGAGAAUCCGCCAUGAAGGUGGUCUUUACCGAGAUGGCCGGCCAAAGAGCCUGCACAUUCCCAGGGACCACUUCCCAGACUUUCAGCCUGAUUUUCUCCUGCCCACCUCAUCCAGCUCCUCCAAGCCCAUUGUUGGUGAGAGGGAGCUGGGCCAUGGAGGCAGUGACGGACCUCCAAGCCUGGAGAUUCAGGCACCAGACAGGGAGGGAGAGACAGAGCUGACCUUCCCCACUCAAUGGCAGCUGGGGGAGUGGAAGAAUGAUCCCUACAGGUCUCUAUCAGGCUCCAGCACAGCAACAGGUACCACAGUGAUUGAAUGUAUGAAAGUCAGAGGCAGCUCAGAGUCUCUUCUUGACUCUCCCUCCACCUCCAGAGCCACCUCACCCUCACAGUUCUCCACGGAAAUUGACGUUAAGGCAUCCUCACCCUUCAAACCCCCUGGACUUAUGUCCCCAUCAAGUGGUUAUUCCAGCCAGUCAGAGACUCCCACUCCAACUGUUCCACUCAGUCAAGUGUCAGGUCAUGGGACAGUAGGGAUGGCUGGGACAUCAGGAUGUAAAAUGCGCCCAAAGAUCCCAGAGAGGAAAUCAUCACUACCAUCAACCAAGGACCCAGCUGCAAGGUCUAGAUUGUCCUUUGAGAUGCCUGGGAAUGCACAUCUGGAGCUGUCAUUAAUCAAGCCAAAGCAAAAGGCUAGCCGGCGGCAUUCUGACACUUCGACAGCAGCAAAACCUGGAAAAAUCAGCCCCAAUUCUACACAGGCAUUGCCUGUGGUUACCCAGAGCGAGCUGAAAACUGUUCGGCUUCGCUCUGUUUCUCGUGGUGAUCUGGAGGACUACCCUGAUGGGGCGUCUGACACCAUCGAAGAAGAACAGCAUGGCCGAGACCUAGGCGAGGAUCCCAGUCCUCCACCUACUCUACCAAAACCAAAACCACCUGUUGCUGUCAAGCCCCCCUUGCCCAAGCGACCCAUAAACCUCCUCCUAAAGUCUCCCUCACCCUCCUCCACUUCCCCCCUUGCCCUUGACUCACCUCCUGCCUCACCUGUGGACCGGCCUGUGCCUCUGGGUAACAUCUACAAAGUCAUGAAAAAACCCAAACCCAAAAAGCCUCCACCCCAAACUGCAACAAGUCCUUCCAUUCUCCCAGACUCAAAUUCCUCCACCACCCCACAAACUGCCUAUGAUCAUCCCUUUCUACCCCACUCCCAGCCCUUCUUUGAUCUCCCCCCUCUCCCAGACCCCCAGCCUCUUCUGGAGGACCCAACUUUGGAGCCUGAAUUUGAUACUGACCCAGACAUCCAUCUUGGCCCUGAGGAUGGAGGCUCACUCCCUUCUCCCUGCAGUAACCAGGAGGCCCCAGAGCUGCAGGGGAAGAGCAAGACCCUCCCCUCAAGGAUGACAAUCUCCUGUUUGGCAGACCUGUCGGACAAAAAGAAACCCAAGAUUCCACCUCCAGUCCCCAAGAAGCCAAAUGUCCUGUUUUUUCCCACGUCGGUCCACUCCUCUACUAAUGGCAGCACAGAUCGGCAGACGCCGCAGACCGACACCCCUGUGGGCCUUCAAUGUGCCAUAGAAGCAUUUCCACCAGAGGAUAUUCCCAGUGAUCCUAGUGUUCCAGAUAUGCCAGAGCUAGAUGACCAACACUUGGGAACAGAUGAGGAGAGUUCAAAAGAGUCUUCACUUCAGUCAUCUUUACAAGAUUCCUCCCUCACUGAGCUUGAAGGGAAGAUGGCCAGUACUGGGAUCGGGGCAGAUGACUUAGCAGCCAGUGAGAUGACAGUACUCCACAUUGCUGAGGAAACAGAUGACGACUUGGUGGCCAGCACACCUACAACACACACCACCGAAGACUUGUUCACUAUUAUACACAGGUCCAAACGGAAGGUUCUGGGUCGAAAGGAGCCGUCAGACUCCUUUGGCAGCCGGCAGAGUCUUGUGUCCCCGGUGAAACACAACACUAGUGGUAGUGACUUCCGAAACCUGACCUUAGGCAGCAGUCAGAGGUCGAUCUCCCGAAAUGAGAACUUCAUGGCCCUGCUUCAAAAAAAAGGCAGUAAGUCUUCCAGCGGAGGGGCCAGAGUCUCCGCUAUGGAGCUUCUCAAAAGCACAAACCCUCUGGCGCGACGGGUCACAGAAUUUUCAACCAACAUGUCGAUGACUGCUGAGGGAGGAGAGGCAGCAUCCGGUGAUGACAAAUCCAGUGAUCAAUAAACAGUAGUAUCAUUAGCACACGUUAAUUUAUCCAGGCUCGUUUGCUGUUGACAAAGCUACCAAACAAUUCUACAGUGUCCUACCCACUGCACACAGGGCCUUCUGGUUAACAUGACGAACUAAGCCGCUCCAACUACUGAUUGACCGUUUGCCCUGCCCAGUCAAAUUGGAGCACAGUUUUGGACCAAACAGUUGGAGCUCUCCACUUCGCUGUCAAAUCUGAAGAGCGCAAAAUUUGUUCUCACUGUAUUUUCUCUAUGAAAUGUGGGGGUCAAGCUUCAACACAGCACUUUGCUUUCUUCAUUGGGAAUGUCUUUAUUGUGGAGGCUAGAUGGAUUAUGGCAUUGGUAGAGCAGAUGCUGGGAAUAUGCAGAUAUACAUCGGAUACCUUUACUCCUGGCUCCUUCUUGAUGAUGACAGCACCAGUUAAUAUAUCUCUAACCAGUUAUGCUAUUUUGCUGGGAUAGCACAGAGGAUCAACAAUCAAAUUAAAGAAAUAAAUGGAUACAGAAGAUACAAAUGAUUCAUCUACAAAUUAACUGAAACCAUCCAGCAUUGCAGCACCAACACCUGUAGGCCGAUAUGAACUGAAGGAUAAAUUAUUAAAAGUAUACCUGAAGCAAAUAUGUCGAAAACCUUGGACAUUGUAGCUCUGCCUUCUCUCGGUGGUAAAUGCGAUACCGGAGCAGGAAUCACCCCUGUUGUUUUUAUUAGACACAAUAUUCAGCCUGGAGCAGAUUUAAACACCACUGGGGCUUUUUGCCACCAAAGAUAAUGAGCCUGUCACAGUUUUUUGUUGCUCAUUUUAUGAAAGUGAAAGUGGACCUUCACAAAACAUUCCACAGAGGCACUUGGCAAACGAACAGCAUUUUGGAACACAAGCACUUUUCUUUUUCUUUAGUGUCAGAGGCCAUUUACAUGGAGCAGCCUUUGUGUUGCUACGCUUUCCCCUUAAGACUCAUCAAUCAUUAUUUUUUCAGUUUUUGUGUAGAUUAUUUUUUGUUUGCUUAUAUUUUUUUUAAUAUGACCAUAGACUGUACAUGAUUAAUUGGACUGUACUAUAUGUAUCAUGUACAAAGAUAAAUGUUACGCAUCUAUCAACAAAUAUCAUUUGCAGAUACAAAGACUAAAAAUAGUGUACAGGACAGCAAACAGUUUGGAUUACAAACUGCCCACACCAUGGAGGGAAAACACACACUCCCAACACACAGACUAAAGAGUAAUGGCAUGGAAGUCCAACAGAACAGACCUAUCUACACAAGUAUGUGUGUCCAUGUAAGUGUGUGCACAGAUGAAUUCAUGCCUGUGGAGUUUCUGUACAGAGAGUAUGAAGCAGGCCUGGUUAUUAAACAGGGUUUUUAUUCAUUCUGGUCUCUGGUGACAGGACCAAAGGACUGUUAAAAGCUACAAACGGACCAGAGGGGACCGAGUGGUGCAUAUGUGCUUGUUUGUGUGUGUGUCUAUUCACAUGUGUGUUUAGAGGGAAGUGCCAAGAACAAAGUGAGAGAAAGAGACAGAAUGGCCAUUCUCAUGCCUAUUUGUGUGUUUGCCAUUUUUUGUGUGCAUAUUCAGACUUGCACAUACAGUAUUGAGUGUGGGAAUGUGUGUGCAUCAUUACCCAGCACCUUUCGUGGGAUAGCAUUGACAUGAGAAAACUUCCUCUUCUCCCUUAUGUUAUAAAACUAUAAUAAUUCCAGAAACACAAAGGGACUCCAGAAAAAAAAAUCUAAUUUCAGAAUCAGGAGGAUUUGGGAAUCAAAUGCAAGCUGUGUCUCAAUUCAGACUCUUUGAAGGAUGUGGUCUAUGAAGCCAUGGUCGAACCAUGGGCCGAACCUAAAUGAGACAGUCUGGUCUACAGAGGAUUCCCUAUUUAUGUUACCAGCUGUUCCCACAAUCACUGUUGUGUUACAAGUCCCGCUCCUGUCAACUAGUAAACUUGACAGCUGCUCUGCACUCUGCCACUCUUGGGAUAGGGUGGGCUGAAAAGGAUCCACCAGUUGGAGCCUUCGUUGCCCAGGGAAGAAGGAUGUAUUUCUCAACUGCAUUUGAAGGAGCCUUUGAAAUGGGACGGCCUUGUUGCAACACUGCAGUGCCAUCGGUCUUCACAUGGAGCAUUUCAAGGAUGGGUUCCAUGAACUGGGACACAGCUACAGAAGCAAAAGCACUGCAAAACCUGAAGGAUUCUGGAAUGGUUGGCAGAGUUUGGAAUUCCGGUCUUGUGUCAAGUUCUGUUCCCCUCACUGAGAUGUGCUUCCCUCUGUUAAAACUGUUUCUACUAGCGCCUCCUCUGUGUUUAUGGUUAGGAUAAGGUUAGGGUUCAGGUUGGGGGAAACUCAUCUUGAAUGGGGAACAGAUCGCUGGGACACAACACUGGAAUGAUGGAGUCAUGAUUAGCCACCACAGCUCUACUUGGGAGGCUAUGGCUGCAGAGUUGCACAGUGACAUAAUGGGGCCCAGUAGUUUCUCUUUGUUUUGCCCUCCUCCAUGCUGUCUCUUUCGUCUCAGACUAGAGGAGGUGGUCUGUGGCACUCUCCUCCCACUCAUCACUGCUGGAUCACAUACUCCGUCUGUGUCUCCGCAUAUAGCAUCAUCUCUCUUUUUCCUGUAACCUCUCUUCUGGCAUAUAGCAUAUGCUCUCGUUCUCGCUCUUCCCUUAUAUAUUGCAACCUCUUUCUCUCUCUCUGCUUUUGCAUAGCACAACCUCUCUGUCCCUUCCUCUCAUUCUCUAACUUCUUGCCCUUCCUCUUUUAACCUUCCUACCAUCUUCUCUUCUCUCCCUGACCAUCCCUUGCUUUCUGUUAACCAUCCCCUGUUUUUCCCAGCUCUUUUUUCUCUCACCCCCUCUCCACAUCUCUCUGCAUUCAGUCUAUGCAUCUGAGCUCAGAAGACGACGUGACACCGAAUGAAUGUCAAUGAAUGACUGUUAAGAAAAUAGAUGCUGUGCUUAGUUUGAAAGUGUGAAAACAUCUUUCUAUCAAUGUCUAUAUUCUGCCUUCUCUCUCUUUUGCUCUGAGUUUUUAUACUUUUUUCUGUACCUUCCCUUUGAGUAUCCAUGUCACAUGGAAUUAACAUAGAUGAGUGAAUGUUGAAUGACUAAAUGGAUAAGAUCUGUGCACAAACACAGAAUCAGGCAGGAUUUGAAUGGGGUUUUGCUUAAAGGACCUUUUGGACUGAGAAUGAAACACCCUGUGGUCUUUGACACUAGACUGACCCGAAGUUCUGGGUCUGUGUGGAUGGACUGAUAAUUCUGGAUUAGCAGUGGUUCAGCUCUAACACCUGACUUAUCCCCCUGCAUGGAUGGGCCAUGCAGAGGGAGGAGGCUCCAACUCAGCAUCUCCUGGCUCCAACUCAGCAAACUAUUCCUAGGUGCUAUUGAGUCAGAGCUCUCCCUAGUGGAGGAAUCACACAAAACAAGAGUGAAAAAACAUACACCUCUCUUUCCUACAACAGUCCUUCAGGUAUUUCAUUAUCCUGAAAAAAGUGAAGAUUUUAAAAAUGCAUAAAUUAUCACCAUUUAUGACUAGUCAAGUGACGCUUGUUUUAAAUAUUUAGUGAAUGAAAUAAAACUCUGUGUUUGUUUGCCUUGUAUACUGAAUUAUGGGCGUGUUGCUGCACCGCCUACUGUUUUUUAAUUUUAUUUUUAUUGUUAUUUCAGCUGCCUUGGUAGCACACACACACACACACACACAGAAGCACUUG